AUGUCAAUGGGAAACGGCGUAUUGAAGGGCACAGAUGCUCCUCAGGCGACGUCUAGCGCCACCCCAUCGAUUCUAGACGAAGCGUUGGUUGGCUCGCCGCCCGCAUCGGCAGCACUCGAAACCGAAAGAGCCGCCAAUUUGAACGCCGAACCCUCAGGGUCGCAGAGUCACGACGCAUGCGAACAGGGUACUGUUGGUAACGCCCUGCCCACGACCAUUCAAAUAGAGGACUCUCCCCGGCCUGCCCACCGACUGCCACGACCACCGAUUCAGCGCCAGCCGUCGGCGUUGCAGCGCUUGACGUCCGAAGUUAAGGCCCGCCUCGGUGGCGGUGAACACCAGCGCGAAUGGACCGUGUUCGAAGACACGAUGGUGCACGACCGCGAACAGAACAAGGCGGCCUCUGUCAGUAUACGACUCCCGACGAAUAUGCGUAGCCAGAGCAGCUUCUAUGCAGACCCAGCGCUGAACUUGAUUGAUAACGUGUCGGACGCCCCGACGCGAGCGGCGAGACCGGUCUUUGACGAGAGUGUGGCGCACGAGCGUUAUGACCCCAGCGAAGAAGGCGAAUAUGACGAGUUCGAGGAGGAGGCGGGCGAGGGCAGCUCUCAAUCGGACGACGAGGAUACUCAAACCUCUGAGUCGUCUGCGGACGGUUCACGAGAAAGGCCCGAUGUCCCGCUGUGGCGACGAGUUGUGCACACCGUUUCCGGCUUCAGUCUCCCGCCGCUGCAAAAGAACAUACUCAAAUGUAGCAUCGCGUGCUUUAUCGCGAGCUUGUUCACGUACAAUCGCGCGUUGAGCCACUUUGUGGCCAUCAUGCAGGAUGACGGGCCGGACGGGAGAAGGUACCCAAACCCAAGUGGACAUAUGGUUGCUACAAUGUUUGUGCUCCAUAUUACUCACACGCCACAAGAUCGACUGACCUUGUGA